ACAACAGAAUUAUAUGUCAUUAUCCUUGUGAAAGAAGAAACAAGAAGAAUUCAAUCAAGUACAACAAAAGUUUUCCAUAAUAUCUAUCGUCAUUGCCAAUGUAAACCUCAUACGCACGCCUAUACAUAUCCAAACAUCCUCCACAAAUAUCAAUUUGAACCAUAAGAAAGAAGAGAAAAACCAUGGAGAUCUGGUUCAUCAUUCUUGUCACUCUCUCCAUGGCUGCUCUUCUCAAAGCCCUCAUCAACCUCUUGAUUCCCAAAAAACUUGUACACAACCUCCCCCCAGGCCCUUUUACAAUUCCUAUCAUCAGCAACAUUUUAUGGCUCUUCAAGUCAGGUCAAGACCUCGAGCUCAUUCUCCAGUCCCUCCACGCCAAGUUGGGUCCUUUGGUAACACUUCACUUCGGCCCACGCAUUGCCAUCUUUGUUUCUGAUCGUGGUCUCGCAUACCAAACUUUGGUCCAAAACGGUGCAGUUUUCUCUGAUCGUCCAGAAGCUGGCCCUGCAGGCAGGAUAGUUAGUAGUAAUCAGCAUAAUAUUAACUCGGCUGCCUACGGCCCCACGUGGCGCCUUCUGCGGCGUAAUCUCACUGCUCAGAUCCUCCACCCUUCGCGUGUGAAAGCAUAUUCACACGCACGGAGUUGGGUUCUGAAUAUUCUAAUGGAUAGGCUGAAGUCCGAGGCAGCAAAAUCAGGUAAACCAGUAAUUGUUAUGGAUCAUUUUCGGUAUGGGAUGUUUUGCUUGUUAGUGCUCAUGUGUUUUGGGGACAAGCUAAAUGAGAACGAGAUAAAGGAAAUCCAGGAUGUUGAGCUUCGCUUUCUUUUCAAUUCUAGUAAGCUCCAAGUACUAAAUUUCUGGCCAAGUGUGACAAAGAUUGUGUUCCAUAAGCGAUGGCAGGAGUUUUUGAAGCUUCAACAGGACAAAGAAACCGUGCUAGUUCGUCUAAUAAGGGCGCGAAAGAAGGCGAAAGAAGGGGGUUUAAGAGAUGUAGUCUUAUCUUAUGUUGAUACCUUAAUGGAUUUGGAGCUUCCAGAAGAGAGAAGAAAGGUCAAUGAAAAGGAAAUGGUGAGUUUGUGCUCUGAGUUUCUUAUUGCAGGAACCGAUACUACUUCCACUGCCUUGCAGUGGGUAAUGGCUAAUUUGGUCAAGUACCCACAUGUACAAGAGAAAUUGUUUAUGGAAAUCAAAGGAGUUGUUGGAGAUGGUGCGAUGGAGGUUGGAGAAGAUGAAUUGCAGAGGAUGCCGUAUCUUAAAGCAGUGAUUUUGGAAGGGUUGAGGCGUCACCCUCCUGGACAUUUUGUAGUGCCACAUGCAGUUACAGAGGAAGUAGUGAUUGACAAAUAUGUGAUACCCAAGAAUGCGGCUGUGAAUUUCAUGGUAGCAGAGAUGGGUUGGGACCCAAAGGUGUGGGAAGAUCCAAUGGGGUUCAAGCCAGAGAGGUUUGUGAGUAGUAAUGGGGAGGUGGUGUUUGACAUAACAGGGAGUAAAGAGAUUAAGAUGAUGCCAUUUGGGGUUGGUAGGAGGAUGUGCCCUGGAUUUGGAUUGGCAAUGCUUCAUUUGGAGUAUUUUGUGGCAAAUUUGGUUUUGAAUUUUGAGUGGAAAGCUAAAGAUGGAGAUGAUGUUGAUUUGUCUGAGAAGCAAGAGUUCACAAUGGUGAUGAAGAAUCCAUUGCAAGCCUACAUUUCCCCAAGGUCAAAAUAAAGGUAAAAGCACAUAUUUAUUGAACUAUCUUGUUUGAAUUUGUAGAAUUUAACUUAAUAAUGAAUCAAUGACAGAAAACUACUUUUGUAAUCAUGUGAAGUAAAAGCAAUCAAUCUUGGACUUUCUGUGCUGUUGGGCAUAUGCAGAACUUCUAGUGCGUAAAAAAUGUCCUCACAUGGAGAAUUCAAAUCGCUUGUUGGAUGAUAAACAGAGAAAGGAAAGCUAACUGGAAAUUGAAAGAUAACGCCGAUUCCAGAAGGCCCUCAACGCCUGAUUCUCAACAAGCGAUUUGACUUCUUCUUCUAAUUUAUGGCAUACCCACCAAAUA